CAAACUGGCCACUUUGAAAAGUUGUUGGUAACCGUCGACUUCGCCCGAAACACCAUCGCCACAUCGUUUUCAGACACCCGCGAGAAUACACAGGUGGAAAUGUUGAACUGUGCUAUGUUGUUUGCGGUGUUCGGGAUGGUGAUGGCUUGUUCGGCCGCAGCUACUGGCAACCAAGAAAAACCCGGACCAAAGGCCCAGGAUCAACAGCAACAACAGGCUGACGUGAUGAGGGCCAUUGCCGAGGUCGGUGCCAGUGGUCGCCAGUCUAUGUUGCAGCCGUCAUUGGCGGAUAAUUACUUGGUGGCCGACCCGCUGCAGGCAACAUACGACUAUGGAGUGAAGCGCGCGCACAAACAAUACGGAUUCGGGCUGGGUAAACGGCUGUACCGUCAAUACCAGUUUGGACUGGGCAAACGAGCUUCCAAGCAGUACGGAUUUGGAUUGGGAAAACGAGCGGUCUCCAAACAGUACGAGUUUGGACUGGGCAAGCGGGCUUCGCCUACGUUCUAUAGCUUCGGCUUGGGCCGUCGAGCCUCACCGCAGUACAGUUUUGGACUGGGCAAGCGGGUGUCCGACCCUUCGUUCUUGAACGUGGACGAGAAGGAAGCCGACUACAAUGACCUGUCGGAGGAGAAGAAAAGAACGGCUAUGGACGACAUGGGCCACGGGCAACGGUUUGCGUUUGGAUUGGGAAAACGGGGCGCUGAACUGGCUGAAUGGGACGAGUCUAUGGACGACCAGGCGCCCUUGUGGCAUCCGGCCGUCAGACGAGCCAGGCUCCAGUAUGGUUUCGGUCUGGGCAAGCGGGACGACUUCGACGGGGACGACGCCGAUAUCAAUUAAAAAUCUAAUAAAAAAAAAAAUAAUAACAAUAAAAAUG